UAGUUAUAAGCUUUGGUUGUUAUUUUAUGUAUAUGGCUAAGAAUAAUGAAGUUGUUAGUAGUAACACAACAAGUUGUUGUACUACUUCUUCUUCUUGCUCUACUAUAUUAGCAGGUAGGGUUAAAAGUAGUCCAGCUCCAUUUCUGUCCAAGACUUAUGAUUUGCUUGAGCUACAAGAAAGAACCAGAGCCGUUGGAUCAAAUGAUGAUCAUGAUAAUAAUAAUAAUGGAUCAAUAAUUUCAUGGAGUGAAGAAGGAGAUGGAUUCAUAGUAUGGUCUCCACCUGAAUUUUCUGAGCUAUUACUUCCUAAGUAUUUCAAACACAACAAUUUCUCAAGCUUCAUUCGCCAGCUCAAUACCUAUGGAUUCAAGAAAACUUCAUCCAAGAGAUGGGAAUUCAAGCAUGAAAAGUUCCAAAAAGGGUGCAAGCACUUGUUGGUGGAGAUCACUCGAAAAAAAUGCGAACCGAGCGUUUUUCCAGCCUUUCUUAAGGCCUCGUUCGAGGAGAACACCACAACCACCACCCAAAAACACAAUCGGUUACAACUUAUGGCCGAGGAGAACAAAAAUCUAAUGAAGGAGAAAUUAGAAUUGCAAACACAAAUUGCACAAUUCAAAGCAUUAGAGGAUAAGUUGUUGGAUUGUCUUGCUCACUACAUGGGGGACAAUAAGUUUAAGGGCUUUUGUUAGUUUUGAUUAAUUAUUAGGUUAACACACAUUAAAUUGGUGUUUUUGGUCAAGCAAAAAAAAGAAUCGGUUAUAUACUUUUGUAUUUUUGUUAUUAUUAUAUGUUAUGAUAUGGUCAAUUAAA